AUUAUUUAAAGUUUAGGCCCGAGGCCUGCCCCUAUAGUUUCCCUUCUCUUUCUUUCAAUUUUCUCGGCAAGCAAACAAAAACUCCACCUGCUUAAGCUCAUGUAAGUUAGAGUCUUAGAGAGGCUCAAAAAAUAAAGCUACUUACUUCAACAGUUGUUAAUCAAUCCUUCCCAAUAAAAAAAAUGCUCCUUCGAAAUCGUCUCUUGUCUCUCAAUCUCACGUCGUUUCUGUCUCCUCCUUCUCCACUUCCCAAAUCAGCAUCUUUCCUUUUCUCUUUCAACAAAACCAUCGCUCACUCAACCCAUAAGCGCCCCGAAUCGAAACCCGACGUGUCAGCUUCAAGGGCCGCCAAGCAACCGAUGUCCGAACGGGCGCGGUUUGCGAAGACGGUGUUGUUCGUGCCACCCGGGGUCGACCCGGAAGACGUGACGGAUGAAAUGAUAUUGCCGGGUUCCAACAUCGUAGUCGGACCUUAUGCGGGUCAUUCUCAGAUUAAGGAAGUGGAGUUUGUGAAGAGUAGCGGUCGGGCUAAGGAUUGUCCCAAAGAUGACCGACCCGAGUUUGCAAUCUUGGGUCGGUCUAAUGUGGGCAAAUCUUCACUUAUUAAUGCUUUGGUUCGGAAAAAAGAAGUUGCUCUUACUUCUAAGAAACCAGGGAAGACACAGCUUAUUAAUCAUUUCUUGGUGAAUAAAAGUUGGUAUAUAGUGGAUUUGCCUGGUUAUGGAUUUGCUAGAGCCUCCGAUGCUGCUCGAACAGAUUGGUCUUCAUUCACUAAAGGCUAUUUUCUAAACAGAGACACUCUGGUUGCUGUGCUACUUCUUAUUGAUGCAAGUGUCCCACCUCAAAGGAUUGAUCUGGACUGCGCUAACUGGCUCGGACGCAACAAUAUACCAAUGACUUUUGUGUUCACAAAGUGUGACAAAUUGAAGGCAAGCAAAGGAAAAAGGCCUGAUGAGAACAUCAGGGACUUCCAAGAACUGAUUAGAGAAAACUAUAAGCAACAUCCGGCAUGGAUCAUGACCAGCAGUGUCACUGGUCUUGGCAGAGAUGAGCUUCUCCUACAUUUGUCACAAUUAAGGAACUAUUGGGAUCAAUAGUAGUAGUGGAUUUGUUAGUAAAUUAAAUGUGCAAGUGUAUACAAAGCAUAGACAAGUGAUGCAAGUAACUGCAUACAGAUUUUUGUUUGGAAUCAUUUGGAUUUUCAGAAGGCGUCCUGUUCAAAUAGGCUUUGUAAUUUGACUCUGUGCCAUAAUCAAAGUUCUGUUUUACCUUUCA